GGUUGUGUAUCCAAAUUCCAAACACGCACGAGUUCAUACUCAUAGAGGUCUUGUGCUCUUCACAAAUAAGGAGUAGGGCAUAAGUCAAAAUUGGGCGGUGAUCCUGAUCGAUUGGUCGAGAAGAAUAGGAAUAACAAAUAACAAUAGCAUGGCGUUGCAAGCCGGCGUCAACACCUCCAAGGUUCUCAUUCUUGUUGGGGCCGGUUUGACUGGUUCUGUUAUGCUGAGGAGUGGCCAAUUGUCUGGUCUCAUCGCACAGCUUCAGGAGUUACUAAAGGGUGUCGACGACGUUGAGAUUUUACCCGGUGGAUAUGAUGCUGCGCUUAUUUCUGCUCAGAUUCGGCAGCUAGCGCAGGAGAUCAGGGAGUUGACAUUGUCUCAACCUGUGACUAUCUUCAAAGCCAAUUCUUCUUCAACUGGGAGUUUUGCUUCUUACUUGCUACCUGCUGCUGCAAUAGGAGCUAUGGGAUAUUGUUAUAUGUGGUGGAAGGAAUGGUCAUUUUCUGAUGUAAUGUUUGUGACAAAGAGAAAUAUGGUCAAUGCUGUUGCAACUGUGUCAAAGCAAUUAGAAAAUGUGCAUGAAACAUUGGCAUCAACAAAAAGGCAUCUUACGAAGAGGCUGGAAGGUCUUGACUUGAAGAUGGAAGAGCAUAAUGAGUUAGGUCAACUUAUAUCAAAUGAUGUGAAUGAAGUGAAGUCAAACCUUUCUCAGAUUGGAUGUGAUAUUGAAGUUAUACAUACAAUGAUAUCUGGGCUGGAAGGGAAGCUCAAGCUUGUUGAAGGAAAACAGGACAAGACUAAUUCAGGUCUCUGGUAUUUGUGCCAAUUUGCUGAGGGGUUUAACGACAGGCCAAAUGGCCAAAAGGAUAUUGCAAAACCAAGAACUCGUACAAUAAUGACACCUGAGGAGAAAACACUCAAGGGGCUACAAUUCUUUGCUACAACUACAGACACGGCUGAGAACUCACCCAUAAUAACAAAGAAAGUUGGUCUCGAUUCUUCAAACGAGAAAGAACCUGUUUCCAAACCAAGAAUACACAGGUCAUUUCCUGUUGGCAUUUCUGUGAACAAGGGCCUUACAGGUUUGGCGUGCGAUUAGCAUUUUGCUUCACAUUGUUGCUGAUCAGCCUGUACUAUGACAAUAGAUUCAAUAACAUUACUUCUCUCAUGGAGUGUACAUAGUGAUUGCGAGUAUUUUUUACGGCCGCCAAAAUUUCUCAGACCACACAUCAGCUCAAAAUUAACCUUUUUGUAUCUCUUAUGUACAAAUUUCAAGACAACAUACACCGUUAGCUAACAAUUAUGUCCAUCCGUAUCACAAAAUCAUUGUAUCUUCUAUUGUCAAGUGUGUUUGAAAAGGCUUUAUAAUUUUCCUUUAGAUA